AUGCCUAAGACCUUAGGGUUCCUACUCAAGGUUUACACCUCCAUGAUGAAUGCACAGCGGAUUAAAGGAAUUGCUUACCUUCGAAGUUGGAGGAUUGACGCGACGGAAGGGACAAUAACGAAUCACGCAGAUAUUCUCCCAGAAAAUUCCUCAGUUGGUGAAUUGACGAAGAUGAAUGGAAGAUUGGCUUGGAGAACUGAUCCGGUUUUGUGCGUAUCAAAGGAAGAAGCGAGGUUUGUGCGAUAUGAAGUAAAAGAUUGA